AAUAGGACUUACUUCUGAGUAGACGUGGUUAGGAUUGCGCUCUUAGCUGACAAGAAUACAGCGAGCGAUCUCUCGAGCGAUCUCUCUACCGAGGAGAGCCGAGUAAGCGCUAAGUAAAGCAACAAGCGUAUGCCUUUGGGCUCUAAGACCCGACAGAAGCCUGGGCAAGCGGGAUCUGGAGCAUGCGUGGCAACGAUUUGUGCAGCUGGCGGCUGCUUUUCGUUGAGCGACCAAUUCAGGGCUGGGAAAGGAGGGUGGGAGUAAGAAAUACUUUGUAAGUUUAAUUUAUUGCCCAAGCAGCACUUUGCCUUGCUGGAUUUGGAGAGGAGCCGACUGGGAAGUGUUCUGCUUUAAACGGAGCACUUUGUUGUUGUUGUUUUGCGCCUUGGAUCAGCCCGGGAAGAUCAACCAAGAGAGCGGAGUUGCAGCCCACGCGGUAAGCGGGCUCUCGGGUAGAAGGAAUCGCAUCCCAAAUCCCAUCAGAGCUGAAAAAAAGGAGGGAGGAUCCAUGGGAGCGAGAGGAAAAGGGAGCCUCCUAAACGUGGCCCGUGAUGAGAACUCAGCCUCUUAGUUAAGGUCUCCUUCAACACUUCGAUGAUUGCUGAAGUUUGCCUGUUUGGAGGCGUUAGUAAGAUGAUGUAGCCAGUCCGAGGAUGGGGGUUUCUGCGAGAGGAGCUCACAAUGGCCAGAGAAGACUCUGUGAAGUGUUUGCGGUGCCUGCUGUAUGCCCUCAAUCUCCUCUUCUGGUUGAUGUCCAUCACUGUGUUAGGAGUUUCUGCCUGGAUGAGGGACUACUUGAAUAAUGUUCUCACUUUAACUGCAGAAACAAGGGUAGAAGAGGCUGUUAUUUCCACGUAUUUUCCAGUUGUCCAUCCAGUUAUGAUUGCCGUCUGCUGUUUCCUUAUUAUUGUUGGAAUGCUAGGAUAUUGCGGAACAGUGAAAAGAAACCUUUUGCUGCUUGUAUGGUAUUUUGGAAGUUUGCUUGUGAUAUUCUGCAUUGAACUGGCCUGUGGUGUUUGGACCUAUGAGCAGGAAAUUACGGUCCCUGUGCAGUGGUCAGAUAUGGUCACUUUAAAAGCCAGAAUGACCAAUUAUGGCGUGCCUAGAUAUCAGUGGCUUACUCACGCUUGGAAUUUCUUUCAGAGAGAGUUUAAAUGCUGUGGAGUGGUGUACUUCACUGAUUGGUUGGAAAUGACGGAGAUGGAUUGGCCUCCCGAUUCCUGUUGUGUGAGAGAAUUCCCAGGAUGCUCCAAGCAGGCACACCAUGAGGAUCUUAGUGACCUUUACCAGGAGGGUUGUGGUAAAAAGAUGUACACCUUUUUGAGAGGAACAAAACAACUACAGGUGCUUCGAUUUCUAGGUAUCUCUAUUGGGGUAACCCAGAUUCUGGCUAUGAUCCUCACUAUUACUUUGCUGUGGGCUCUGUAUUAUGACCGACGGGGUCCGGGUACAGAUCAAAUGCUGACCUUGAAGAACGAUACCACACAGCACCUGUCAUGUCAUUCAGUGGAGCUGCUGAAACCCAGCCUAACAAGGAUCUUGGAGCACACAUCCAUGACAAACAGCUUUAACACACACUUUGAAAUGGAGGAACUUUAGAGUGAUCAGCCAUUCUGUUAAUUGUACAUUUGGAGUCUGAGUUCAUCAUUCAAAUUCAGAAAAGGAAACAGACAAUGAAUGAAGACAUCCUUUGCGAACUACAGUGAAUCUGGGUUCCUAUCUUAUUUCAUAAAUUAAUGAUUGUGAUCUUAAGGAUCUAGCUAUACUUUUAUGACUAAAAAAAUGACUGUUUUAUGUACUGAGAGCAAAUAGGUUCUGUUUUAUGAGAAGAUGUACAUUAUGUAAAAUGCUGUUUAUAGCAGAACAUUUUAACGUUUUAAAAUGAUCCUCUUAACAUUUUUAAAAUAGGAAGCAUGUGACAAAAAAAAAAUCAGGGUAUGACUUUUGGGCUCUCUAAUUCUAUCGGAAUUUUAUAACAAAGUAUGGGCAACUUGUUCAGCACUGAAAGCCUUACUUGAUAGUAGAAGGCCAAACCUAAUCAAUGUUUUCAGUUAUUUGUAAUUUAAGUAAUUUUCAUUAUCAUUUUAAAGAAACGGUAGCUGGCAAGCCACAGCUGUUGGACGUUUUGCACUCUGGUAUGCUUCUUCUGCAGUUAUUAAUCACAGCUGAGAAUACCCUAAAGUCAAUCCUUAAAAAUCCAGAAAAGGGUCUAAAGCCACGAGGCUGGAAAGCAGGGAUGUCUUUCUUAAAACAAAACAAAAACAAAAACUUGCAUCUUCUGAACUUUUAGGAAAUGUUCCAUUUUUAAAUUAAUAAUCACAACCAUGAGGGCCAGAACGCUGCAAGCUUUUUAUUUUCAGGAUUUAGCAAGAACACACUUGUUGCAUGUGAGUCAUUCACAGCGACACUGUCAUGGAGAGAUGGGUGGGAAGGCUCACCAAUAUCUUUGUACAGAAAUGCCACUGCAUUACACUGGUUGGAUGCACAUGUGCACAAUGGAAACCAAGACAUUUUGUGGCCUGAGGCAAAGGAGAAGAUCCCCCUGCCCCCAAACUUCAUGUACAGAAGCUGAUUAGACUGGCACAUGAAUCUUACCUUGAAGCUGAUUAUCAGUCAGCAUCCUCUGUUAUACCUGAGGGAGGCAAGCUAGCUUAGGUGCUGCAGGACAGACUGUGUGGGGCACACAGCUCUGUCUUCCAACAGAGGGGAAUGGCUGGUGGGCUCAGAAGGACCAGCUAGUGUUACCUGAGGUGAUCAUCUCACUCUGGCUAAUGGUAGGGCCAGCCCUGGGUGAAACUUUCACAUGCAAUUAAGUGGAACCCAUGUGUGUCAGUUAACUUGCCUGUGUAGUCAUAUCCAGUAAAACCCACCCAUUCAAGAGUUGAAUCUUUGGAACUUUUUUUUUUUGGUCCCAACAUUGCAACAUCCAGGAUAUACAUGGAACAUUUUUUUUCUGCACACGCACAAAGCCCGUAUCCCACGGGCAAACUAAUUGUUGGUAAAUUGGUAGACUUGGUCAUUGUUGGUAAUUUUUUGCUUUCAGAAAGCAUAUUUCAGUCUCUGUACUAUGACAUUGUAGAACUUGCCUCUAAAAGAUCAGGGAUGCAUUUGUAUAUAAUAAGGUUUGUGUAUGUAUAGCAGAAUUGAACUCCAUAUCAACACUUAACACUUUGAUUUUUGUAAAAAGAGAAACAUCUUUUUUUUGCAGCACCUUUACUUAGCUGUUUUUAAAAGAAAUAUCUGAAACAUCUAGUUUUUAAUGCAUUUUUAAUUUUCAAAUUAAAUUAUGUGGUCUGAAGAGAUUUUUUAAACACUCAGAAAUGAGUAUAUCUGAAGUAUCCACUUUUAGGAGGAGAUAUUAAGUGGUGAAUGUUUUUGAAACUGGAUUUAUUGAAGAAAGAUUCUACAUUCUUUCCAGCAAGGAAGGCAUUGGGAGAAUAUGUUUAAUCUUCUUUCUCCUGCUCAUUUUUUGUUCAAAAUGGGCAUGAUCCAACCAGAGUUAACUUUUCCAUUGAAACCAAUGAGAUUUGCAGGUGUUGAACUUGGUGGAAUACUCUUAGCUUUUGGUUUUCUUGUAGCACACGACCUAGCUCAUUUCCUUAAAUGAUCUGGAGCUGUGCUAUGUCGGAAGCAUUCUGUGAGUCAUUUGCUCCUACAUACUUUAUCUAGAUUGCUUGGGGAAAUGGAUGCUGGGGGGGAGCAACACUUGGCCUAGUGAGCCUUCCCCAACCUAGCAUCAUCUAGGGAUGGUGGGAGUUGUAGUCCAAUGCAUCCAGAAGGCACCGUGUUGGGGAAGGCUGGCCUAGACAGCCUUUUCUUCCCUUUGAACUCAGUUCAGACAUAACACUGCUGCUUAACACAAGCAAUAGCUCCCCUCCCUUUCUCUUCGGUCCCUGGCUCAAAAGUAGAUGUCCUACUUUGCCGAAUCACAGUUUUCUGUGAUCCUUAUUUGCAAACCAGGAUUGUAGGCAGUGCUUUAAAUCACCUCUCUCCUUUGGGUCAUCUUAGGAAACAAUGCCUUGAAAGAUGUCCCCUCAAGCCAAAUGUGUGAAAGGCAGAAUAGAACUUGAGCGCAUUGCACCAUUUAUGUCUGACUGGAUCUGUGAUUACAUAACUACAGGACAUUGAUUAGCUGCUAUUAUCCAGGCAGUUAAAGAGAGUAUAACGUUAGGUUGUAAGAAAUUCACUUGCAUCUAUUUUUCAUUUAGAUUACUGAGUUUGUUAAGUUGCCACAGGGCAAAAAAGAUUAAAAUAUAUUUAUUGAAUUGUGAAAAGUGCAUCUUACUGUAAUUUGUAUGUACUAUAGAGUUAUUUUUUCCUACACCAAGCCACAUUCUUGUUCUGCAUACUAUAUAUCAUUCAAAUGCUUGCCAGUCCUAUGGUAACUACUUAAAAGCUGACUGUGGGGCACACAUAAGUUCAUGGCAAGGUGACUCUCUCUAGCCUCUUGCCAAGUGGUCCAGCUAAGUUUGACACCCCUCCACUGCUGCUCAAAAAUUAGGGGUGGGCCAACGCUGGAUUGAAGCCAAGGUUGGAGGCUGCAGACCUUUGCAUUCCCACAGGAAACUUUAAGUGGCUACCAUGUGACCCUGGUCCAUAUGAAUUGACCUUUAAGGCAGAAUACAUGGAACCUGUGAAGCUCCUUUACUCUUGAGCAGUUCACAUCAGUGUCAGCAAAGUCUGACCAGGAAACAAUCCCUUAUGAGAUGAAGCCUUGAGGACAGCAGUGCCCUGGCACAAGUGGAAAUUUGUAUUCUCCUAUGAUUUUAAAAUUGUUCCAAUUGUUUGCACUGCAAUUGCUUAAGGAUAAAAAAGUAAUAUGUAAUGUCACAGGCAAUAAAACCACUACUGUCUUA